AUGAAUUCUGGUAUUUGCAAAACCCUUGUGUCUCUUUUCUUCAACCACUCUUCACACAUCCACAAACCACCAAUCGCAUGUUCUUCCCUCUCGCUCUCGUUCCUCUCUUCUUAUUCUUCUUCUUCACAGCCCGAAGAUGUAAAAAUCAAAGUUCCUUUAGCUGAUUACUCGAUCAAUGGGGACAACUUUUCCCCUGCUGCUGCUUUAAAAGCCUCAUCAGUUAAAAAGGAUUUGAAAAAACCUGAAAACUCGGAUUCAGUACUGUCAUUUCUCAGAGAAAGUGGUUUCAGUGAUUCCCAUCUUCAGAAAAUGGUCAAGAGAGUGCCUAACGUACUCUCUGCUAGUAUUUUUGAUACAGUUAAACCCAAAAUCAAGGUUUUUCAAGAUUUAGGUUUUUCAUCAACUGACAUUGCUGAUGUAAUAUCUUCUGAUCCCUGGAUUUUGCACAGAAGUGUAGAUAGAAUUGUACCGUCGAUUUUGUUGUUGAGGAGCGUUUUAGGAUCAAAUGCAAAUGUUACUAAGCUGUUGAAGACGCUUAGCUGGUUUCUGAAAUGUGAUUUGGAGAAGUCUAUGAUACCUAAUAUAGAAUUUUUGAAGAGUUGUGGUGUUAGUUCUACACAAAUUGUUACAUAUGUGUUUCAUUUCCCUAGACUUUUUCUCCAUAAACCUGAUAGUUUUAAGGACUUCGUUAAAAGAGUUGAUGAGAUUGGAUUUGAUAGGAAAUCGAAGAUGUUUCUUUCUGCUAUUCGGACGAUAAGUUCGAUGAGUAAGGAGAAUUGGGAACUUAAGUUGAAGUGCUUCAGGAGCUUAGGAUUUAAAGAAGAUGAUAUUGUUUCUGCAUUUAGGAGGUCGCCUCAGGCCUUUGCCAUAUCUGAGAGGAAGAUUAGAGAAACAACAGAGCUGAUUCUUAGUAGAGGAAACAUGGAUAUAUCUGUUAUUGUUAAGUACCCAUGGCUGCUCACUAUCAGCAUUGAGAGAAGGCUAAAACCUCGGCUAAGGGUUUUUGACAUUCUGAAUAGUAAGAAUUUGCUUAGUAGGACAAUCAAAUUUACUUCAGUUUGUAAGAUUUCUGAGAAGAUGUUCCUAGACAAGUAUGUGCUUCCCCAUUCUGAUGAACUUGGGGAAUUAUCAUCCCUUCUAAUGAGAACUCAUUGUCAAUAA